UCGGACGCCUCCUGGAAAAAAAAAAGAAGAAGCAAGGCUUUCCCCAUGAGAGAGGCUCCCGGAGCUGGCCGUGCGAGCGCUUCGGUUGGCGGCAAAACCGGGAGCGCCCUUGCUAUGCGGUUUCCCUGUCAGCGCCGGCUCUGAGGUGCUGCAGUGGCUGCUGCUAUGAACUUGGAGCUUGACCCUGUAUUCUUGAAAGCUCUGGGCUUUCUGCAUUCAAAAAGCAAAGAUUCAGCUGAAAAACUGAAAGCACUGCUUGAUGAAUCUUUGUCUAGAGGGACUGAUUCAAAUUAUCGCCCAUUGCAGAAGCCUGAUUCAAAAGUUGUUUACUCAGAGGAAGUAGAUCAACCCAAAGUUUCUAUUACAAAACCAGUUUCUGUUAAGCAAGAACCCAAGGCUUCUUCAGGCAUUCCAACAGGUAGCAAUAAUGGCAAGCUCAUUGCUGCCGAAAAGGUGAAAAAGGAAGCAGAAAAGCGGUCUGCUGAUAAAAUAAAGCUUGAAAUCAGUGAAGGAGCUGACAUUCCAAAGAAGCCGAGAUUAGAAAAGCCAGAGACGCAUUCAUCACCAAUUACAGUGCAGACUAGCAAGGAUUUACCCAUGGCAGACCUAUCCAGUUUUGAAGAGACGAGUGCUGAUGAUUUUGCCAUGGAGAUGGGCUUGGCAUGUGUUGUUUGUCGACAAAUGACAGUUACUUCUGGAAAUCCAUUAGUUGAGUGUCAAGAAUGCCAUAAUCUCUAUCACCAAGACUGCCACAAGCCUCAAGUGACAGACAAGGAAAUGAAUGAUCCCCGCCUAGUCUGGUAUUGUGCUCGAUGUACUAGGCAGAUGAAAAAAAUGGCGCAGAAAACACAGAAGCCUUCCCAGAAACCAACUCCUGCUGUAGUUUCAGUAGUUCCAGCUGUGAAAGAUCCACUGAUAAAGAAACCAGAAAUUAAGCAAAAGUUGGAGACCCCAACAACCUUCCUAGCAUUUAAGAGGACAGAGGUCAAGCCUUCAGCCACUAUUUCUGGUAACUCUGCCAGUGCCAAUGUUUCUUCAUCCUCAACCAGUGGCCUUACGGGGUGGGCAGCUUUUGCAGCAAAAACAUCAUCUGCAGGUCCAUCAACAGCCAAGCUGGGAUCCACAACCCAGAGUACCAGUGGCAAGCCAACGACUGCCUCAAAUAACCAAAAACCUGUGGGUUUAUCAGGGUUAGCAACAGCUAAAGCAGGGCUAGGAUCCAAAAUAUCGUCUAACAGCAGCACAAGCCCUGUUCAGCUGAAGCCCUUGCCACCUCUGACAUUGGGGAAAACGGGCCUUUGUCGUUCUGUAAGCAGUGACAAUGUAAGCAAAAUAGGGCUCCCUAGUCCAAGCAGUUCAGCUCCAGUCAGUAGCCAAACUGCUGGUGGAAAUGGAAGUGCUGGAACAACAGGUAGCAGUGGGAGCAAUACUAGUAAAUCGAGUGGAGAAUCCGGCAAUCAGUCCCCAUCUCUCAAGGGUCCUACAUCACAAGAAUCACAACUCAAUGCUAUGAAAAGAUUGCAGAUGGUUAAGAAGAAGGCAGCUCAGAAGAAAUUGAAAAAGUAACUGGACUUACAUAAAAUUUUAAAAUUGUUUAAUGAACUGCUUUGUCUUCAAAGUACAAAGGUCUUUAAACUCUGGCCUUAGUUAAACAAAAAGUAAUAAAAUCAUUUAAUUUAC